GUCUUCCUCUAAACAGAACAGAUGGGGUGUAGCUGGUGGGUGCAGUGGCACCACCCACCCAUGGACUUGGUUGAACUCCAGUGCUGGCUACCCAGCUUUUAAUCAAACCAGUGAUUAAACAUUUACCACACAGCAGUCACGUUACUGAAGGAUCACAAUCUACGGCAUAGAGCAGUCAGCUCAAAGAGCACAGGGCUGUUGCUGUUGCUUCAGAGCUGCCCGGAGUUUUCUUGCAGUGCAGCUCUGCCACAUUUCUGCAGGAAUGGCCCUGCUGCUUCCUUCUCAUCCACAAGUCUCAGUGUCGCUGCUUCUGCUGCUGUCCGUGCUCAGCUUGGCUGCAGGUGGGAAGCUGCUGGUGGUGUCUGUGGAUGGCAGUCCCUGGUUCAGUGCGCUGGAAAUGUUUGAAGUCCUGAAGCAGAAAGGACAUGAAAUAGUCGUCGUUGCCUCUGAUGCCAAUUUAAACGUAAAGCCAUCGGAGAAUUUUAUCCUGAAAACCUACCCAGUCCCGUUCACUGAGGAAGGGCUGCUUGGCCGUUUGCAGUCAUUUUUAAAGGGUCUAUUUGACGAAGGAUCAUUUCUGGAAAGAUUUUUUAAAGUACGAGAAAAUAUUAGAAAAGUCUCGGAGUCAACCAUCAUAGACUGUGAACAGUUACUGCACAAUGCAGAACUUAUCCGAUAUCUCGAGCAGAGUAACUUUGAUGCUCUCUUAACGGAUCCUGCACUGCCCUGUGGAGCAAUACUGGCCGAGCAUCUUUCCAUCCCUUCUGUGUAUUUCAUGAGAGGAAUACCAUGUGGAUUAGAUUUUGAGGCCACCCAGUGCCCCAAUCCCCCUUCAUAUGUCCCCAGGCUAUUUUCAGACCAUACAGAUCACAUGAACUUCCUCCAGCGUGUGAAGAAUGUCAUCUUUGACACCUCCAAUCUCUUUCUUUGUGACUUCAUUUUUAAACCAUAUGAAAAACUGGCUUCUGAGUUCCUUCAGCGAGAUGUGACCAUGCUAGAUCUCUAUCGUAAGGCUUCCGUAUGGCUUCUGAGGUUUGACUUUGUGCUAGAAUAUCCAAGACCAUUGAUGCCCAACAUGAUUGUAGUUGGAGGAGUAAACUGUGCUCACAAGCAGCUCUCUCAGGUGGGUUGUGCUCUGGUUUUAAUUCUCGUUCUGAUAGACUUCCGUGCUCCUAGAAAUGUAAUUUUGCAAGUCAUAUAUAUAUUUAGUUCCCAAUGGCAGUGAGCUGUGCAACUCUCA